AUGGCCAGCGCACUCCUGAACAAGAUCUACGCGUUACUUUACGGCAGUUCGUCCUUGCCAGAACCUCCGCAGUAUGUAUUCCCUCCCGCUACCACAGCAGACUUGGAAUAUGCAGAUCUCGCCAUAAUCGACCUUUCCAAAGCGUCGACUGAAGCCGGCCGAGCUGAACUGACUGCUCAAGUACGCGAGGCAAUGAAUACGCAAGGAUUUUUCUAUGCGAUUAAUCAUGGAUACACCCCGGAGCAGACUGCUCGAAUUUUCAGCAUAGCGAACAUGGCCUUCGACAACGUCGACGAGAAGGAAAAGGAACUCUAUGCUGGAAAGUCCCCCGAUGUCUAUUUCGGAUACAAGCCUAAGCAGACUUGGGUCAUUCGCAACGAUGUACGCGAUCAAAUUGAACAAUACAAUAUCAACAAGUCGAAUAAGCAAGAGCACCCGGCGGCGCUUCGCCCGUAUUCGAAAUACCUCGAUGACUUUGCUCGACACAACCAUUUCAACGUCGUCUAUCCCAUCUUGAAACUCCUUGCUCGAGGAUUAGAGCUUCCGGAGGAUACCUUGAUCAAACAACAUCAAUUCGAUGCGGAAGGAGAGUCCUCAAUGAGAUUUAUGAACUUUCCCCGUAGCAAGGAAGAGGAAGAGAAAACGGAGCGUGUGUGGCUAAAGGGCCAUCAUGAUAUCGGCUGCGUAACCGUGCUCUGGUCUCAACCCAUCGGCGGCUUGCAAAUCUUAUCUCCUGACGGCAAAUGGAGGUGGGUCAGACACAUGGACAACGCUUUGGUCAUUAACGCGGGCGACGGUCUUGAUUUCCUGUGCGGAGGAUAUUAUCCACCGACUCGCCACCGUGUCAUCCAGCCACCUGCCGAUCAGAGGAAUUGUGCUCGUCUUGGAGUAUUCUACUUCUGCUUUGCCGAUGAAGAUGUUCAGCUCGCCCCGCACACUGAGAGCCCUGUCUUGCGGAGGGUUGGUAUCAAGUCCCAAUUGAAGCCUGGAAUGGUCGCACCGACUAUGAGGGAAUGGAGAUCAAGCCGCGUGAAGUCUUAUGGACAGGUACAGUUGACGGAGGGAGCUGAGAAAGGUGUCGAAGAAGAGGUCGUAUUGGGUGUGGUUGUGAAGCAUUACAAUUAG